AUGGCUCCGCUUCUUCUACGGAGUCUUGCAUCUUCUCUCUUCGUCUUUGCCGAUAAAUCCUUCAUCAAUUUGUCCAAGAAAUACAAACUCCUCGAGAUUAUUCACACCCUAUUAAUCUCCUCCUUCCUCUUUUUCCUCCGUUUGCUUCCUUCCUUUUUCUCUUCAAUCCACCUGGUUCCCGACGAUCGAUUCCCUCUAAAAUCUUCAAAAGCUCACAUUCCAGUCAGUUCUCGCAAGUACGAAGUGGUUCGAUCGUUAGCGGAGAAGCUAAUCGACGAGAAUCACUGGGAAGGGAUUGAGGAACUUCGUGAGGUCAAUCGUAAGGUUUUUUCCACGGCCUUUAACCGGACAAUUGGCCAGAUUGAAUCUCGGAUGCUAGAUUUAGGGUUUUUUCAGGACGAUGACGACGAAGGCUGUGGCGGCGGGUCCGUGAAUGGACCGGCGGAGUUCCGGUUAGGUCAGAUUGUGAGGGCGGUUCGGUUUUUGGGAGAGUCGGCUUAUAGCCGGCUCGGUAGGGUAAAGGAGGGGGCAAACCAGACCAGAAUCUCGGCGGAGAAAUUGGCGGCGGAGGCGCUGUGGUUAGCGGAAAAAAUGGCGAGUUGCGGUUGUCGGAGUGAGGCUUGUAGGCGGUGGGCUUCGGCGGGUCAAUUGGGAAGACUCUCCCUCGCGGUGGAGCUGUGA